AUGCUUAAAAUCAUUAAAAGAAUGUCACAAACUAGCAGCACAUCAAAGACCCCAUCAAAAUUAUUAAAUUUAGCAAUAAAUCAAAAUUCAUCAUCAUUUACAUCAAAUAUAACACCAGAUAAAAGAAUACCCAACAUAGAAAUUGCUAAAAAGAAUGAUAAAAAUAUAACAAAUACUCCAAGAAAUUUAAUAAAUGGUGGGUUUUCAUGGGUUUUACCAACAAAAAGAAAUGAUUAUGAAUUUUUAAUUGCAAAUCCAAAAGCCUUGAAAGAUUUAAAUUUAACAUUGGAAGAAAUUGAAGAACCCAUAUUUCAACAAAUUGUUAGUGGUGAAUUUUAUAAUGACUCUGAAAAUAUAGAAAAAUAUAAUUUACCUUUUCCUUAUGCUCAAGCUUAUGCUGGUUGGCAAUUUGGUCAAUUUGCUGGUCAAUUAGGUGAUGGAAGAGUUAUAAAUUUAUUUGAAUUACCAAAGCCACCAACUACCAAAGAAAAAGAUUUAGAAAAUAGACCCAUAUAUGAAUUACAAUUAAAAGGAGCUGGUAAAACUCCAUUUUCAAGAUUUGCUGAUGGAAAAGCAGUAUUAAGAUCAUCAAUUAGAGAAUAUAUAAUAUCUGAACAUUUAAAUGCCUUAGGGAUUCCAACAACAAGAGCUUUAUCAUUAACUUCAUUACCUUCAACAUUAGCUCAAAGACAUUCUGCAGAAAGAUGUGCUAUAGUUGCUAGAUUUGCUGAAAGUUGGAUUAGAUUAGGUACUUUUGAUUUAUAUAGAUAUAGAGGUGAUCGUGAAGGUAUUAGACAAUUAUCAGAUUAUGUAAUUAAUAAUUUAUUUACAAUUAAUGAUAAAAAAUUUCAAAAUUUUGAAAGAAUUAAAGCAUUAAAACCAUCAUUAAUAAAAUUUAAAAAUGAAAAUAUAGUUGAAGAAUUAACAAAUUAUGAUAAAAUGUAUUAUGAAUCAAUAAUAAGAAAUGCUGAAACAACAGCAAUAUGUCAAUGUUAUGGAUUUUUAAAUGGUGUUUUAAAUACUGAUAAUACUUCAAUUUUAGGAUUAACAGUAGAUUUUGGACCAUUUUCAAUAAUGGAUAAAUAUGAUCCAAAUUAUACUCCAAAUUCAGAAGAUCAUCAAUCACGAUAUGGAUAUAGAAAUGUACCAACAGCAAUAUGGUGGAAUUUAACUAGAUUAGGUGAAGAUUUAGCUGAAUUAAUUGGAGCAGGUCCAAAACUUUUAAAAAAUCCAGAAUUUGACAAAGGUGUAAAGGAAGAAUGGGAAGAAGAUAUUAUAAAAAGAGCAACAAUAAUUAUAGAAACAGGUGGUGAGAUAUAUCAAUAUUCAUAUACUUUAAAAUAUAUUGAAACUUUUUUUAAAAGAUUAGGAUUAUCAUUAGAAUUAAUAGAUAAACAAAAUCCAGACAUACAAAAUACUCAAUUGAUUACACCUAUGUUGGAUAUUUUAUAUAAAUUACAAACAGAUUUUAAUUUAUUCUUUUUAGAUUUACAAAAUAUAAAUUUUAAUAAUCAAUCAUAUGAAGAAAUAGCUGAAUCAUUUUUAAAAGAUUAUAACCCUGAUAAAAAUAGAAAUUCAAAAGAAGAAAUUUCAAAAGAAUUUAAAGUAUGGUUAAAAAUAUAUCAUAAUUACAUUAAAGAUUCUUCAAAUAAAAAUCCCCCCAUUGCUUCAAAUUAUAAUCCAAAAUUUUUACCAAGAAAUUGGAUUUUAAAUCAAGUAAUAGAACAAGCACAAGAUUCAAGAUGUUCAAAUAUUUCAUAUUUAAAAAAAUUACAAAAAAUGAGUUCAAAUCCUUUUACUCCUGAAGAAUGGGGUAAUGAAUUAAAAGAAUUGGAGAAAAGUUGGCUAUUACAAGGUGAAAAAGGUGAUGAUUAUAGUAUGUUACAAUGUUCUUGUUCUAGUUAA